AUUACUUUAUAACCCAGAUUAUGAGAAAGGAGAGGGAUUCUUCAACAGGACUUUGGCUGUGAAGGACUGCUCCUUGUAGGCAUUCAGAAUGCCGGUCAUUAAUGUAGAUGAGCUGACAGACAAGGACAAAGCUGUCAUGGAAGUAAACCAAAAAAAACUUGAAGUGAAACUGGAGAGGUGGUUGACAUCUAAAUGCUGUGAAGAAGUCAAGGAGUACAUUCAGGCUCGAGAGGAGGAGGACAUUCUUGUCAAAGGCAUACCUGAGGAGAAGAACCCCUUCAAGGAGAAAGGUGGCUGUGUCAUCUGCUAGAAUGGACCCGAGGAGCUUUUCAUAGCUCAGAUUAGCACCCAAGGACACUCUCCCGCCCCUCCAACAAAGAAUUUGCAAACAAAGAAGACUAGAAGGACACAAUGAAGCAUUUUACAAAACGUCCCAAGUUUGCAUCUUAUUUCGGCCUUUGAAAAAGAUGCAAUGAAAAAGAAAAGUAUUCGGUAAGGGUUAUAUUAAUGCUUCCCUUUCAUGUGGCGUAUAGAGUCUUAGCAAAUGGACCCAUGUGUUCUUUCAUGGACACUAACAACUGUCAUUAAAUCUGCUCGUUUAUAACUCAA